AUGAUUCAAAUUGCCACCUCCUGCAACAGUCGGGAGUUGAUUGGUGGAAUGGGUGAUUUCAAUCGAUUAGGUAAUAAACUCAAUCGCGGUCUGAAUCCUCCUCCACCCCCUCCACCUGGUGGUCCUAAUGCUCCAGCGCCGAGAAGAUCAAUUCGUGGACCUCAAUCCGCCUUGACCGAUUUUCUUGCUUCUCAUAAUAUCAAUGCCAACCAAAUUCGUCAAGAUGCAAAUACCCGUCGAGCUGCUGCACUUGCCUCGCAACAAACCGCUGAAGGGAAUGAAAACGAGGAGGAAGGUGAAUCAUCAUCUGCUGCGCCAGAAAUUGCCACGCGCACCCGCUCCCGCCGAAAUGAAAGUGGAGCACAAAAGAAUAAGCGGAAGAAGGAAGAAGAGAAAGCAAUUGCCAAAAUCAAAGCCUCUAAGAGGUUCCAGAGUCGAAGAAACCAUGGAUCAGAUGAGGAUAUUAGCGAUGAAGAUGAAGCUGCCCUUCGAUUGUUCAAUGAAAGCAUAGCUCCUUUACCCGAUCAAAUGGAGAAUUGCGAAGUUUGCGAAAAGAGAUUCACUGUCACCGCAUAUAGUCGAGCUGGUCCGGAUGGAGGUCUACUUUGCCCACAAUGUACAAAUGACCGGAAUAAAGAAGAAGGACAGGCCAGGAAAAAACGAAAGACUCAAGCUGGUGCACAAAGAAGAAAACUCCAAAGUAAUCUUCUCGAUGGUGUAUACCCUGGCGCAAAAGACUUGAUGACCUUGUGUAUUGAGACUUUAGCCAAAAAUGUCGAUAUGGCCGAUGAUUUAGGAGAUUUACCAGAAACGCUCAUGGAUAGAUUAUCAGCUAUUCUCUCUAAAAAACGUCUUUUGCGUCCCAAUACCUUGGAUUUGUUCCUUCAAAAUGGUCGAGAAGUCAUCACCAUCUAUGAAGGAGCGUAUCUAAGUUCAGAUGAUUAUAUUCGCAUCUUCCAAGUCGUACCAAGCAUCAAAUCGUUACGCAUUCGAUCUGGAGUACAAUUCAAAGACAAAGUAAUGGAACAUCUUUUAGCAACUACUAUCAACCUUGAGCAUCUCAGUUUGUCUGGUAGCAAUCUCAUCAGCGAUGAUUACUGGAAUCGUUAUUUCAUAGAGAAAGGGUCACACCUCAAAACCUUCAAGGUUUAUUACACAGAUGGUCAAUUUGGUGAUGAUCAGAUAGAAUUGAUCACUGAAUCGUGUCCACAAUUGACUCGUCUCAAGAUCUCCCAUAAUCAAAAAGCUACCGACGCUGGGAUUGAGCAUAUUUCACGUAUCUCCACUCUUCAACAUCUCGGGCUCGAACUUCAAAAAAAGACAAGCUCGAAGCCUUAUGUUGAAAUUCUUGGCAGUAUCGGACCUCAACUUCAAACUCUUUCACUUGGUCAAGUCCACGCAAUAGAUGAUUCGGUUCUUAACGCUAUCCAUGACAACUGUCAAAACAUAAACAAGUUACGCAUCACUGACAACAAUGUCAUGACAGAUGCGGGCUUUGCACACCUCUUCAUAAAUUGGUAUAACCCACCCUUAUCCUUCAUUGAUCUUUCCAAGAACCGCCAUCUCGAUGCCUCCGUUCCCAAAGACAACCCAGAUAACAUUGGUCUUUGCUCUCUUGGUUUCGAAGCCCUAAUGGCUCAUUCAGGCACCACUCUCCGCUAUCUAGAUAUCAAUUCUUGCAGACAUAUCUCAUUACAAAGUUUUGAAAAGGUAUUUUCGCUUGAGAAACAAUAUCCUGAAUUACAGGAAAUGAAUAUUAGCUUUUGUGCAGAAGUCAAUGAUUUUGUGGUUGGUAGUAUCUUCAGAACAUGUCCGAAAUUGAAAAAGUUAAUUAUCUUUGGAAACUUUAAGGUUAGGGAUGUGAGGGUACCGAAGGGAAGGAUUCUUAUUGGCAUGCCAAAUGCGAUAGGGAUGCAGAUUGAGGGGACUGGAUUUGAUGGGGAAGGUGAUGGUAGGAGUGCUUGGUGA